UUUCGCCAGGACUCACUCGAAGGGGCUUCCCUUUCUCUCUCCUCCACCCCUCCUUUCUCCUUUCUCUCUUUCCAGUUGUCCAUGCUUCCAUCUUUUUCACCCCCUUGUUGUACUAAUUUCGUUUUCCAAUUUCCGAUUCCUCCGAUCCCCACCCCCUUCUCUCUCUCUUCCCACUGAGAGCAAGGGAGAGAGGAAGAGGGAAUCAGUUCUAGAUUAGUAGUCGCAGUAGAAGUAGUGGCAGCACCAGCACAGCAGCAGUGUGGUAACUGCUCAAAAGGCGUUGGGAAGAGUGGGAGAGGAAAAAUUCCGGAGCCAUGCAGCAGCAAGGAGGGUCCCAAUAUGGGGUGCCUCCACCGCCGGACUUGACCCCAUUCUCCUCCCCCGGGGCCGCCCCUCGAGCUCACAUGCUCGGAAUUUCCAGCCCCGACCCCCUCCAGCAGCAGCCGCCCCAGCUCGCCGAGGCCGCCUCCCCCAUCAGCAGCCGCCCCCCGCCGCCCGGCACCGCCCCCCGCUCGCUCUCCACCAAUUUCGAAGAAUUGGUCCCCGCCGUGCCCGGGAAUUUCCCCGACGACGAGGCCCUCGCUGCUGCCGGCGAGGAGGUCGAGCGCGGCAGCGCCCCAGGAAACCGGUGGCCACGCCAGGAGACGCUCGCGCUCCUCAAGAUCCGCUCCGACAUGGACGCCGCCUUCCGGGAAGCCACCCUCAAGGGCCCUCUCUGGGAGGACGUCUCCAGGAGGCUGGCGGAGCUGGGCUACAGGAGGAGCGCCAAGAAAUGCAAGGAGAAGUUCGAGAACGUGCACAAAUACUACAAACGCACCAAGGAAGGCCGGGCCGGCCGCCAGGACGGCAAGAGCUAUCGCUUUUUUAGCCAGCUCGAAGCCCUCCACAGCAGCAGCUCCACCUCCGCCGCCGCCCCCAGUCCCACCACGACUGCACCGGCCCUUCCCACCGCCGCAACAGCUGCCGCCAGCCCCACUCCGAUAGCCCCAUCUGGGAUCAGCACCGGCAUGGUGGGCCCCUCCACCGGUAGAAUCCAACCUCCUCCCAUCUCCUCCGUGGCCCCACCGCCCAUCACGAUGCCGACACGGGUUGGCCCCGAGCUCACCCCCACCACCGGCGCCACCCCGCCCGGGAUCUCCUUCUCCGCCGCCGCCACCGCCGGGAUCAGCUUCUCCUCCGACACAUCCUCCUCCUCCGCCUCGUCCGAAUCCGAUGACGAGGAGACCGAAGAGGCUGGUGGGAGCCGGGAAGGACGGAAGCGGAAGCGCGUAGGUGGAUCCGGGAGAAGUCGGAAAAUGAGGGCGUUCUUCGAGGGGCUGAUGAAGCAGGUGAUGGAGAGGCAGGAGGCCAUGCAGCAGCGCUUCUUGGAGGCCAUCGAGAAGAGAGAGCAGGAUCGGAUGAUACGGGAGGAGGCGUGGAGACGGCAGGAGAUGGCGCGGCUCAACCGGGAACACGAGCUCCUUGCCCAGGAGCGCGCCAUGGCCGCAUCUCGUGACGCCGCUAUCAUUUCCUACAUCCAAAAGAUCAGCGGCCAAACUGUCCAGCUGCCGACCAUUACUGCUGCUCCUUCCAUAACGCUUGCACCACCUCAACAACCAUCUGUGACACCGCCACCGGCAUCGGCACCACCUCCACAACAACCCCAACAGCCGCCGUCACAGCAACAGCAACAUCAGAAAUCACCCUCACUGAUGCAACCAGCUCUGCAGCAGCAAGAGCUUCACCAACACCACCAAAGCACUGAGAUUGGACGGCAUCAGGUGUCAUCUUCUUCAGAGUUGGUACUGGUCCCAGAGCCACAGGAGACCAUGAGCUUCGAGACCGUCUCAUCCUCACGGUGGCCCAAGGCGGAGGUCCACGCGCUGAUUAAGAUGCGGAGCGGGCUCGAAUUAAAAUACCAGGAGACCGGGCCCAAGGGCCCCCUAUGGGAAGAGAUCUCCGCCGGAAUGCAGCGGCUUGGAUACAACCGGAGUGCCAAGAGGUGCAAGGAGAAGUGGGAGAACAUCAACAAAUAUUUCAAGAAAGUGAAGGAGAGCAACAAGAAGCGACCAGAGGACUCCAAGACCUGCCCAUACUUUCACCAAUUGGAUGCUCUUUACCGUAAGAAGCUUGGCGGCAGCGGUGGUGGUGGUCGCGGUGGCAGCAGCGGUUUUGGAAUUCAGCAACAAGAAUCCAAUCCACAAGAACGUAGUGAUGUUCCCACGAUCAUGGCACCACCACCAGCGCCGCCACCACAGCAGCCACCAGCAGAGACUGAAAGCAAGAAAGGCAACAACAACAACAACAACAACAACGAUGGCAACAACAACAACAACAAUAGAAACGGUGGCAAUUCUGAAUGUGGUGGAGGGUCCCGCGCUAUACAGAUGCAGACCAGCAAUGGAGGGCUUUCACCAACCUUCUUGGAAGAAGGCAGCAGCACAAAGAUGAAGAAGCCAGAAGACAUUGUGAAGGAGCUGAUGGAUCAACGGCAGCAGCAGGCGGCAAUGGAAGAUUACGACAAGAUGGAGGAACCCGACAGCGAUAACAUCGACCAAGAUGAUGACGACGAGGAUGACGAGGAUGACGAGGAUGGGAAGAUGCAAUAUGAGAUACAGUUCCAAAGGCCGAACGUUGGUGGGGGCGGAGGGACUACAUCCACAGCGUCCACGACUUCAGGUUCCUUCUUGGCCAUGGUUCAGUAGAUCUACCAUAUCCCACCGCAACUCCUCCCUUCUUCCUCUCAAGUCUCAAUGUACCAUAUGUACCUACCGUAAACGACAACCAUCCACGACCUAGACUUUCACAACACCCAAAACUCUUUUCUCUUCUUUCCUUUCCCUUCUUCUUCUCCUCCUCUUGAGUGCAUCAGCAUCAUCAUCAUCAUCGACCAUCACUAUCGUCUUCUUCUUCUUCUUCGUCUCCUACUUCUACUGGUGCUACUUUGUUGCUUCGUAAAUGUCGCAUGGUUCAACAUAGAAGAUGAUGAUGUUCGUUAUGUAGUCGAUCUACCUUUGCUAUUUAUUGAUUUGUUGUGGAAUAAGAAUCCUCUUCGGCGAAUAGAAGGAGCGGAGAUGAACCAAAGGUGGUAAUAAGCUCGCGCAAACAGCAUCCACCAGAGGCCCACAGAGAGAGAGAGAGAGAUAGAGAGAGGGGGAAAAAGAGGCAUCGAGAGUUGGCAUCUGGCUUUGUACACUUCAGAGAAGGUGGUGGCGCAAACAAGUCCUCCUCAACAACAUAAAGUAUUCUUCCCUUUUCUCAGAACUUGUAUAUCCACACUGUGUCUCAAAAAAAUCUCUCCAUCUAUAUUUCUCUCUCCUCUGUGUGACUGCCAGUUCAAGUUAAGAGGACCCACACCCAGAGAGAAGGAAAGAAAAUAAAUAAAUAAAGAAAGAGCUAGGACAAAAUGAGACCAAUGACGGGAGAUAGGCUGGUGUUUGGUGCGGGGAUUUUUAUUUUUGUUUUUGUCUUUAUUUUAUCUCAUUUAAAUUAAUUAAUUAUGAUGAAGGUCUCUAAUGCUGUUUAUGCGUACUGUGACACUAUUGUACAUUUCCUAUUCUUCUCGUCAUUAUUGUUCUGUCUUCAUUUGCUUCUGUAAACCUCCUAUCCCUUCUUGUGUUACAGUAUUUAAACUUGUUACUAGCUA